CUCCUCCGUCAGAGAAGCCUCUUAAUGUCGCCCAAACGAAAGAAACUUCAAAGUAGCUCGACAAGUUUUCUCCUCGGGGUUGUUGGACCGAGCGGUACCACCGGACCUCUGGACGUGUUAUGUGAACCGGUGUGUUCCGACGUGACCGGGUGAUACAGCUAAGUUAGGGCCUGUCCAAGUUAACGAAGGGCUAGUUAGGAGGUAAAACUGUUCGAUGCAUAUGCUAGCGUCAAACGGAUCCAUAAUGGACCUGGACUCCGAGUUUGUGAAGAUUAAAGCACACUACUGCAGGGACAUGCUGAUCACAGACUUGGCAGCCACGGUAACCUUUGUGGAGUUGUGUGAGGAGGUGAGAACAAUGUGCAGCGUUGCCAAGCAGCAGCCCAUCACACUCAAGUGGAUCGAUGAUGAAGGGGACCCUUGUACCAUCUCGUCUCAGAUGGAGCUCCAGGAGGCAAUUCGCAUUUAUAAUCGAACCAAGAGAUCUGGACUGCAGCUUCAUGUAUUCCCCAGUAUCCCGGAGAAGCCUGGAAUGCCCUGCCCUGGAGAGGACAAAUCGAUCUAUCGCCGCGGGGCCAGAAGAUGGAGGAAACUCUACCGAGUCAACGGACACCUCUUCCAGGCCAAGCGCUUUAACAGGAAAGCCUACUGUGGCCACUGUAGUGAAAGGAUAUGGGGGCUGGGCAGGCAGGGCUACAAGUGUAUCAACUGCAAACUGCUGGUCCAUAAGCGCUGUCACAGACUCAUCCCUCAGACCUGCCAAAGGCUUAUGGAUCCAGUCAUGCCAUCACAAGAGCCCCCUUCAGAUGCCAAGAGUGAAGAGGUGGACCUUCCACCAGACGACGCAGAGGACACAGAUGGGAUAUCUUUUUUACCGCACAACUGCACAGUGGAUAAAUCCGAAGAUGCAGACACAGAGGACAUCAAAGCAGUAGUGGAUGGCAUCGAUGGCAUUAAGCUGUCCCAGGGCCUGACUCUCGGGUUGGGCGACUUUGACCUGAUCCGAGUGAUCGGGCGCGGAAGCUACGCCAAGGUCCUGCUGGUUAGGCUAAAGAAGAACGAGCAGGUGUACGCCAUGAAGGUGGUGAAAAAGGAGCUGGUCCACGAUGAUGAGGAUAUUGACUGGGUGCAGACAGAGAAGCAUGUGUUUGAGCAGGCGUCCACCAAUCCAUUCUUAGUCGGCCUCCACUCCUGUUUCCAGACGCAAAGUCGAUUAUUUCUAGUGAUCGAAUACGUGAAUGGCGGGGACUUGAUGUUUCAUAUGCAACGACAAAGGAAGCUCCCCGAAGAACAUGCAAGAUUUUAUGCUGCUGAAAUCUGUAUUGCUCUGAACUUCCUGCAUGAAAAGGGCAUCAUCUAUCGCGAUCUGAAGCUGGACAACGUUCUCUUGGACCACGAAGGACACAUCAAGCUCACAGACUACGGCAUGUGCAAGGAGGGAAUCAGACCAGGUGACACCACUAGUACCUUCUGUGGAACACCCAACUACAUUGCACCUGAGAUCCUGAGAGGAGAAGACUAUGGCUUCAGUGUGGACUGGUGGGCUCUGGGUGUGCUGAUGUUUGAGAUGAUGGCUGGCAGGUCCCCAUUUGACAUCAUCACUGACAAUCCUGACAUGAACACAGAGGAGUACCUCUUUCAAGUUAUUCUUGAGAAGCCCAUUCGCAUCCCAAGGUCUCUGUCGGUGAAAGCUGCCAGCGUGCUCAAGGGCUUUCUAAACAAGGAUCCUAAGGAGCGGCUGGGUUGCCAGGUCCAGACGGGCUUCACAGAUAUCAAGUCACACACAUUUUUCCGCAGUAUAGACUGGGACCAGCUGGAGAAGAAAGAGGUGACGCCGCCCUUCAAACCUCAAAUCUCUGACGACUACGGCCUCGAGAACUUUGACACGCAGUUUACUAAUGAACCAGUGCAGCUAACACCAGAUGAUGAGGACGUCAUCAAGAGAAUAGACCAGUCAGAGUUUGAGGGAUUUGAAUACAUCAACCCCCUGCUGCUAUCCACAGAAGAGUCUGUAUGAAGGAGAGACCAGCUUCCUCCUUCGCCCACCUACUGUUUGUCCAAGCUGCCGUCUCAGCCAAAAACCACUCGCAAGCCAACUCUGAAAGGCGAGGAGGAGGAGGAGGAGGAGGAAGAGUAAAGGACAAACAGGGAGGAUGAACUCACCCUCUGGACCUGUCAACAAGGAAAGCAAACAGGAGAAUGGGAGAGUUUCCUUCCUGGAUGAUUCAGAUUGUUUUGUGGUGGUACCAAACUCUUCGUUCUUGGUAUCUACAAGGAAAACAAAGACACUGGACUUCAAGAACAUUCCCUGUCGUUACGUUGUCUUCCCCUUUUCUGUUCUUUUCUUUUCUUUUCUUUCUCUCCUUCGGCUUCGUUCCUUUCUCCCCUCAGAAUGUCUAUCCUUGUGUCGAAGCACGACUGGCUUUGUAAUUUGAACAGAGAGCUGUUUCAUUCUGUGCCUGCCAUCAUGAACACGUCAACCCAUCUCACAUCCCUGGAUGAAUAUGACAGUUCUGCUGAAGAACUUGAAAUUUUACGUGCACUUUUUCCUUUCUUUUUUUUUUUUUCUUUUCCUUUUUUUCUAUCUUGUAGGGAGGGGGCGACGCCUCACACGAAACAAGAAUGUACAAUGACACAGGAAAAAAAAUAAGUUAUUGUUGUGUAUUAUAAUGUAGGUAGUGAAUCCAGAAUUGAUGAUGCCUUUUUAUUGAUGCAAGUGGCACAUUUCCAUCCGUAACCACAAACCUUUUCUUUUUGUUAUCUUUUAUGAUUUUCACGAACAAUGGGGGGGAAACUGGAACCGGGAGAUGACUUUUUAUUUAAGAAGUGCCUCAAAGAUCGUAUUAAUUACCAUGUCUCUGAUUGCACUUAUCUCUUAUUGAACAUUUCUUCACCCAUCAUGACCAAUCGAAAACAUGGCUAGACUCUGCCAGCGUUGGUCCAAACCAUUCAAAUUUUUAGGGGAGUCAAUAUUUUUAAGAGCACGGCGGCUCUGAAUCAUUUUAUUUUUAAUGAAUCAAUCCAGAGAAUCAGCGUAGAACUGAGUAUUUAUGACUGCUCUGUAGAUUCACAAGUAGCAUCCAAGUCAACAUCCGAACUGAUGACUGGUGGCCAUGAGAGGGGUAAAACUGGGUGUACAGAUAUUUAAUAGUGAAGACUGUGUCCUGCUUUGCCAGAGUUUUGCCAAACUAUCAUUCAGAAAUGUCUGCAGUAUGAUGCAGCGGACCUGUAUUUGCAAUGAAACAAAGCAUAAAGGUGUGUUAAGGCCAUAGUACACUUGCUGCCACUCGCAGUCUGGCAGCUUUAGGAACACGUUCUAUCAGGACUCCGGCUGAAAAACAAAGCAGAUCAUCGGAUCCUGCCUCCACAGUGUGUACAGGCUUGCUGGCGAGCUCAGAUUCUUCCACACCAGCUGCCACUGCGUGACCAUCUGCAGCCGGUCAAAAAAGAUCAUGUGACCGGUUGGUUGUGCUGUCUUGUGGAAACGUGUCUCCAUUUCCAUUUCGGGCUCGUUGUGUCGUUUCCAUCUCGGUGCUGAGGCUGGCUUUACACGCUGCGACUGCAGCUCGGUGCGAGACUGUUCUCUUAGUUCAAAGAAGAAUCCAAACUAAACCACACAAAUAAUGUCCGUGUCUUCACAAAUCAUUGUCAAACGAUGUUCAGUUGUACUGUUAAUGUUUCCUAAGAGAAGGUCUUCAGGGAUCCAUCAGAAGCCUCUGAGUGGGCGGGCUGGUUGUACCGACAGGAGCACAGAGACACAGUGUCAACAAAUUUGUACUAGUGCCUGCAGAGUACAAGGACAGACAGCAUUCUGUCGGAGAGCUGCUGAAAACGAAGGACCACACAGCAUUUAGCAUCCAAGAAAGCAAAAGAUGUCAAAUCUGAAACCUCUCCUGUUUCUUCUUCAGGCGGAGGACACGUUAAUUACAGCUUCAUGUCAGGGUCAUCAUCAUGUUACACGCAGGAAUCAAACAACCUUCGCUUCACUCACGUUUCCUUUCAUUAGUGUAGCACAGAGUAAUGCAACGCUCCUCCACUUAUUCCAAUGAUGGUGCUUCAAACAUUGGUUUGUUUUCUGUGCCACCCGUCCACCUGAAUACUUCAUCCAGCUUCAGGUGUGCCGCGUUGGAUGCCUCUCACAGCGCGUGGACGACAGAUCAUCACGGAUGCAGUGGCCGGAGAUGAAUUGGAAUCUCACGCCGAGUGUUUUGCUGUUGACUCAGGUCUGCCUGGAUUCAAAAACAGAUUUCACACUUCAUCAGAUGUAUUGAACUAGCCAGGUAAAACAACAACACUGCCAAAUUAUCCUCUCUGCAUCCUUACCAGCCACGUGACGUCAGUUUCAUACCUGUUCUGCGUCUUCGCAGACGCGUGCUCAUGUUUCUUGGCGUGUACAGUCCACAGUGUCAUACAUUUUAGGCUGUGCACACUAAGAAACAUGUGAGCACCCAGUGUAGUAUGAACAGAACCACGUGUGCAUCUGUUGUCAGUAUUUGGACCAGGUCUGCCCCCUUUUAUUAUCAGGACAACAGGGCGAGUUAACAAAGCUCAGCACCGACUGAAACAUCAAAUAUCAAAAGUUGGCAUCAAACACUUGAUCUGAUUGUUCCACAUAUGUUUUGAUGCAUUUCAUUUACACUUUUACAAACUUUUCUAACUCUGAAACAUUGAGACGUUUUAUUAAAUCAUGUUUUUAUUAUGCCGUUUGGGUAGUGAAACUCUAACAAGUAUCAUAUUAACAUCACAGAUUCAUGAACACUCAGCCAUGCUCGAGUUCUGGGCGAGUGUGUAACCUGCAGCUGACAGUGCAACAGUUGCUCAGUGUAAAGCCAGCCCAGCACACGGUGGUCAGCUCUCUAACAUCAGUGGUUUUUGGAGGCUCGGCUUGCCAAGCUGUUAGCUCAUUCCUGCACUGUUCUGAUCCAUCGAAGAGUUUCCGAAUCAUUUUCAUUUCCCCCAACCGCUGGUGCAGUGUGUGCACAAAAACAAUAAGAAGCCAUGAGUUUAUUUAUACCCUAAAGCUUUUUAGUUCACGUGAGUUUAACUUCAUACACUGCCACCUUUCUACGCAGCAAGUAACAGAUCUGUGACCCCGUUCAGGAGCCCGCUGAUAAAAUCAAACACAUGCACAAACACGUCUGUGAACCACGAGCACGGAUUACAGUCACCGACGGGAAGAAGUCCUUGUCGCUGAAAUGAGAUUUAUUUGAUGAAAUCUGACCCGUGUUAACUCGAUAUCCACAUAAUAGGAUUAAUUAGCUGAUCCUGAGUCAAAGGGUCUCAAUUAGCUGUAGGGCCUUUAGAGGCAGCAAAGAAACAGAUAGAGAGAGGAGAGAUAAUGAAGCAGCUCCACGGUCACAGAUUAGUCCUUCACAAUGAACACACACACACACCGACACACACUUUGAGAAAUCACUCCAACAUUACAGGAAGCUUCCUCCUCCCAAACUCCAUCCAUCCAUUCAGUGUGUUUUCUAAAUGUCACGUGGUUGAUCCGCUCACACACCGGGUUUUCUCGAGGGACCAACGGAUGAGCUGGGAGUCCUCGAAACAGUGAGGGCCAUUCAAACAUCGAACAGAAAGAAUCUGGAUCUAAGUAUGAAGGAGUUUUUUUUUCCUAACAUGAUGCUGGUUGGGUAUGCUUCAUUUGCUUCAUCACAUCUUUGUAAAUAUGUGUAAUUAUUAAAAAUGAUACUGGUUUUC